UCUGACUCUCUCCAUUGGAAAAUUUAGAAGUCCUUGGUUGGUAUGAAAAAUCCCCCCCGUUCCAAUCCAAUGCAAUGUCUUCCACGAUUCCCCAUGGUCAACCAUUGAAAUCCCAUCCAUCAUCAUCAGCAACACAACAAACAGCAAGAAGCAGGAGGAGCAGCAGCAACGACAAUAACACAUAGGUGCAUAAUCAUACGCGUCUGGAAUUCUGGGAGUGAUUUUGUAUGGGGAGGGUUUUGGUAGUCAUUCUCUUUCUGGGUUUUGUCGUAUGAGUAUUUUAUUGGUGGGUUGUUGGAGAUAUGAGAGUUGUUGAAGAGAAUUAUGCGAACGCUUUGUGACGCCUGCGAAAGCGCCGCCGCCGUCGUGUUUUGCGCCGCCGAUGAGGCUGCUCUCUGCCGUUCCUGUGAUGAUAAGGUCCACUUGUGUAAUAAGCUUGCUAGUCGACAUGUGCGUGUGGGUCUAGCUGCCCCCAGUGAUAUCCCUCGCUGUGACAUAUGUGAAAAUGCACCCGCUUUCUUUUACUGUGAGAUAGAUGGAACUUCACUCUGUUUGCAAUGCGAUAUGGUUGUUCAUGUUGGAGGUAAAAGAAUGCAUGGAAGAUAUCUGCUGUUCAGGCAGAGAGUUGAGUUUCCUGGGGAUAAACCUGGUCAGCUUGAUGACCCAGCUUUUCAACGGACAGAUCCGGGUGUGGGAGAGAAUCAACAGAAUCACAGGGCCUCACCUGUUCCAGAUAAUGGUGCAAUUGAUGAGCAUGCCAAAUUUGAUACCAAAAUGAUUGAUUUGAACAUGAAGCCUCAACGAAUACAUGGACGACCUAAUGAUCAGUGAUGAUGAAACCUGGAAGCAUGAUUCCCAAAAGGAGAGCGACGUUCAUCUAGACCCGUUUUCCUGCCAGAAUGUUUUGGUGUUUUUGCUCUCUCCAUUCUCUGCUGUGCUUAUUGAAGCUUGAAGAAUGUGUUUGUUUGGUAACACAGCGCAAUAGUUAGAAUAGUAGGAUAAUAGUCAUACCCUUACAUCCAAAGAAAUAGAAUGUAAAUCUUUUGAUUGAAUUAUUGCAUGGUGAGCGUUUCAGAACUGUACCAUGUCCUUGUAUAGCUUAGAGCCCCUGUUAACAGUGGGCAUCAUAAGCAGUAAUUGUUUUGAGUGGGAAUCUUACAUAGAAGUUUCUGAGUC